GAACAAGUUACGUUCUUAGCCUCAGUUGUUGACGUGGACUCAUACAUUCAACAUGGAAACCUCUAGAUCACCUAGGAGCACAAAACAUCAUUCACGGUCCAGAUCACGUUCAAGGGACCGGAAACGCAAGUCAGCUGGAAAUAGUGUUCCAAAAGAUGAUUGCACCAUCCUUUCCUUUAAGAGCAAUCCUGUGUCCUUGGACCCACAAGAUUUUUCGUUCUCUGUAUACCAUAUGCAUGCUAAGACUUGCAACACAACUGUUUUCAGUUUUGUUAUGAAGCUAUCGUAUGUCUCUGUCUACCUGUCUAUCUAUAGUUUUAGCCAUAAGAGCCUAAAUACAAUAUACAGUAUAGUGAACCUAUCAAUACACAUUAAUAACAUGGCUAGAUAUCUGUCUCAACUAUGUUAUUCACUUAUAACUGAUAAUUGUACCUGUGUUCAUUCCAUGUGCGUUUAAUUAUAUUUCUCCUCAAUUUCAGGUGACAAGAAGCAUAGAAGAUCCCGGAGCAGAAGCAAAGAGCGUGCUAAUGCACGAAGAGACACUCUGAACAGAAGACGCUGCUGACAGAUAGCAAAAUUAUAUGCCUACAACUGGACAGGCACGACGGAGGGACUCGGAGAAGGCGCUAAAAUCGCAGAGCCGAUCGGAAGACAUACUGCAGAAUUCAGAUAAGGAUCGUGAGAGGUUUUCUGAAGACAGCUGUGAGGACCGACACCGCAAAAAGGACAGAAAGUCCUCAAGAGGAAGAAGUCAGUCCAGAUCACGCUCAAGAGAAAGACGACAUCGCAGUCGAAGUCGAGACAAACGAAGGUCUCGCAGUCGUGAAAGGAGAUCAAAGAGCCGUGAGAAGAAGAGACGGCCCAGGUCACGAUCCACCUCAAGAAGCAAACAUAUAAGGCGCAGCAGAAGCCGGAGCAAGAGCAGGGAAAGGAAGAAGAGGCCUGAAAAGCCAAGGAGGAAAAGCCGCAGUCGGUCCGUUAGUCCCGUGGCUUUCAGAGGCAGAAACACAGCCAUGGAUGCACAAGAGGCUUUGGCUAGGAGGUUGGAGAGAGCAAAAAAACUUCAAGAACAGAAAGAGAAAGAGAUGUUGGAGAAGCAGCAAAAUCAGCAACAGGAGAUCACAGCAACAGCAACAGCAGCUCCAUUGUUGGGUGAAAAUGCCACAGUUACUACGGCCAGCCCAGGGCUGAAUGUGGCAGCACUGCUGGCGUCUGGCACACAAGUCACACCACAGAUUGCUAUGGCAGCUCAGAUGGCCGCACUACAGGCCAAAACAUUAGCAGAAACGGGCAUUGCUGUGCCAAGUUACUAUAACCCUUCAGCUGUCAAUCCCAUGAAGUUUGCUGAGCAGGAGAAGAAGAGGAAAUUGUUGUGGCAAGGAAAGAAGGAAGGGGACAAGUCCCAGACAGCUGAACUAUGGGAGAAGCUGAAUUUUGGCAACAAGGACCAAAACGUCAAGUUCCGCAAACUAAUGGGCAUUAAACCUGAUGAUGAAAGUGGAUCUUCUGGUAUGCUUAAUGAUGAAGGCCUGAAGACAAUGCAGAAGCAGGAAGAAAUGUUCCGUAACUUGGAUGUCCAGUAUGAGAUGGCCCGGUCACAGACACAUACACAGAGAGGAAUGGGCCUUGGCUUCUCGUCGUCUUUUUCACGAGGAAUGGAUGCUGUUUGAACAGCAACUUAUACCCCUCUCACUCUUCCAUCAGUGUUCCAGGACUUCAACUGAUUUUAACAUGUGCGUAGGAAAUGGACACUUUAGAUCGCAUGGAUGUUGGUCAAAUCCUGUAAUUUAUUCAAACACCAAUUUUGUCUUGGAAGGAUUCAUAUGUAAAUACAGUCAUUUGUCUUGCAUCUUUUAGGGUUGUACUACACAUCUCUCUGGAAAAUUAUGCAAAGGUGCAAUAUUGGUAUUGCAAAGCUUUAAGAGGCAUUCGGACAAUUAGACUUGGGUCAACAAAAUCGUAACUUUUUUUUUUCUUACAAGUCAGUUUUGUGUGAAUAGAACAUGGUUGUUGUUUAGGAUCUUGCUGAGUAACACUUGACUGAAACUUUUACAUCAUCAAGACACAGGUAUAGUACCAUGACAGGUGUGCCAAGCUAUUGUAAAUGCUUAUGACAGCCUCAUUAAAUUUUUGUUAGUCCUGAAGAAAA